UUACCGAUUAUUUACUAUCAGUUAAAUUGUUUAUAAUUAUAAUAACAAUAAUUGUUUUGGUCCUAACAUACUAUUAUUUCAAAUGGAAACGUGUGUUCAGCUAUUGGACGGUACGGAACAUUGCCGGUCCCAAACCGAUACCCGUUUUCGGUAAUUAUCUGUCAAUAUAUCUAAGGCCAAUGCCCGUAGUAGAGAUCGAUUGGUACCGAAAAUUUGGCCAAAUAUUUGGCCAAUACAGUGGCUCCGAACCGGUCCUAAUUGUCGGCAGCCCUGACCUAAUCAAACAGAUUCUGGUCAAAGAUUUUUACCGAUUUCGCAAUCGUCGGGAUAUCGGGUAUCGGGAUUCAGACAACAAUCCUAUUGCACUUAAUAUGUUCAACGCACGCGACAACACGUGGAAACGCGUCCGAGCGAUAUCGUCACCAACGUUUACUUCGGGAAAAUUGCGGAAACUUUACCCAUUGAUUGGCCAGUGUUGCGAUGAUUUUGUUGGCCAUUUAGACCGUUUGGUUAGCAGCCGACGGCAGCAGCCGGUCGGGUCGAUUGAAUUGAAGAAACUGAUGGGCGAUCUGACUAUGGAUGUGAUAGCCCGGUGCGCGUUCAGUAUCAAACCCGAUACCUAUACCGAUGACCAGUCGUCAGGCGAGUCGAGCAAUCAGUUUAUCCGCGCGGCAAACAAUGUAUUCAAUAUAUCUGUUUGGCGACUGAUAUUGAUUCGGUUAAUACCGGCACCGGUCAGGCGGAGUCUACCCGUACUCAGGCAACUAUCAAGCAAUGGUUCCGAGUUUUUCAUACGACUGGCCCGCAAACUGUUGGCAAUCAGGAGACGGGAGACAACAGGUGCUGCUGCUGAUGGUGAUAGUGAUGGUAGUGUCAAACAUAACGACUAUUUGCAACUAUUGAUGGACGCCGAGCACCGGGAUGUAGUCAACAACGAUGAUAAUGAUAAUGAAGACGAACUGACAGCCAAUCGUGAAGCCCUGACCAACGUUACGGCCAAACGUUUGACCGAAUCGGAAAUCCUUGGCCAAUGUUUUGUGUUUUUUUUGGCCGGUUUCGAGACAACCGCCACAACACUAGCAUUCUGUACGUAUGAGUUGGCAUUGAAUCCGCGACUACAGGACCGGCUGUACGAUGAGGUUAACGGUGUAGCCGUUCAGCAAACCGACGGUAAUAUUGAUUACGAACUACUCCUGAGUCUACCGUUUCUCGAUUCGCUGAUAUCGGAAACAUUGCGAAAAUAUCCGCCAUUAUUACGAUUGGAACGUAAGGCCAUGGAAGACAUCGAACUGGUCAGUGAUAGCGACAGCACCGGUAGUAUUCAAGUAGAAAAGGGAACCGUAUGUGAGAUACCUGUCUAUGCUAUACAUCACGAUCCUGACAACUAUCCCGAACCCGACCGAUUCAAUCCCGACCGGUUUAUGCCCGCCAAUCGACACCAAAUCAAACCCUAUACAUACCUGCCGUUUGGUUCGGGUCCCCGAAAUUGUAUUGGUAUGCGAUUUGCACAGUUAGAAUUGAAGCUAACAUUGGCUAAACUGUCCAAACUGUACCGAUUCAGUCGUCUACCCGAUCUAACUGAUGUCCCCGUUGUCUACAAUAAAGGUCGUGACCUGUUGCAGGCCCGUCGGCUAGUGGUUGGCAUCGAAAGACGGGAUCCAAUAAUUUAA